AUGCGUAAUUCCGCUCACAAUCAUCUCAAUGAACGUGCCGAGUCUGCCAUGGUCACACCUCCGGAAUCGUUGCUGGACCCAACUGCCACGAUGGAUGGCCAUUCCGAAUGCGGCAGCAUGAGCGUCUCUCCUUCAGAACAUCGAUAUGUUGGCAACGACCACUGGGCCACGAUUUUGGAAAAUAUUGCGGAUCUCAAAGAACAUUUUGCCCAGAAAGAACUUGGAGUUAAUGACAGCCCCUAUCCGGUCCCUUGUGAUAGUGUCGAUGGCAGUAGCAGUGAACUUGCCUUUCAAUCUCCUCAUGCUCUACUUCUUUACGGGUCUGGAUACAAUCAAGCAGCUUCUCGGGAAGAUAUUCUCGAAGCAUUGCCACCUAGAAGCAAACCGCCGUUCAUGGGCCCAGCUUUCUCAAAGAGGCAAUAUGAAGCAUUUUGGACAAAUCCAUCUGAAGCACCAGUCAUGUGGAUAGGAUUGCUCUUCAGCAUGAUAUGUCUUGCUGUCCUCGCUUCUACACCGUCCGAUUUCCUGCAUGGCCAUGAAGCAGAUCAACAAUCUCAGCUAAUCGACUUAUACCGCGAAAAAAUUGUACAAUGCCUCACAAUGGGUGGAUAUACCAAGUCCGGGCCGUUUGUACUGGAAACUCUGAUUCAUUACAUAUAUGUUGAGUUUGGCGUUCGAACGGAUGCUAAUAAGGACGUUUGGUUCCUACUUGCACUCGAAGUCAACCUAGCUAUGAGAAUGGGCUAUCACCGUGAUCCUCGGCACUUUUCGGGAAUUUCACCUCUGCAAGGUGAAAUGCGUCGUAGGAUGUGGGCCACUGUUCUCUUAAGCGAUAUCCUUAUAUCAAGCCAAAUGGGCAUGCCACGGAUAAUCAAGGAGUCACAAUGCGAUACCGAAGAACCACGAAAUCUAAACGAUGCCGACCUCUCCGAAACCACCAUUUCACUUCCCCCAGCCCGUCCAGAAACCGAGCAUACUACGACCUUAGGAAUCAUUGCCCGUCGAAGAAUGCUAAUGGUUCUUGGCAAGAUCUCAGACGCUACCGACGCUGUAAAACUUUGCAGUUAUGCAGAGAUAUUACGCAUGGAUAACAUGCUGCAAGAAGCCGCAAACUCUAUCCCGCCAACUCUGAGAAUGAAGGCUAUCACUGCAAGUAUAACGGAUUCGCCACAAAUAACCAUGUCCAAACUUUUCAUACGCCAUCUCUUGUAUAAAGGUCAAAUUCGCCUACAACACCGCUUCCUCUACCUAGAUUCUGCCUCUCCGUCUUCAUCCCUCCCUCAACAUACAGAUUACUCCUACUCUCGGAAAGCAUGUCUAGAAGCAUCCCUAGGAACCUUCCAAAUCCAACAUGUGCUUGAAGAAGAAACCUGUCCAGGUGGCCAACUUCAUUCGGUGCGUUGGCGAGUGACUUCAUCCAUGAACCAUCUUUUCCUUACGGCUACGAUGAUUCUGUGUUCGUUGUUGCACAAGAAGCAGACGAUAGAGAGGCAGGAGGAGAUAUGUGCUGCGUUGCGGAGAACGAGGGAAGUCUGGGUUAGGAGGAGUAAGCGGAGUGGGGAGGCGAGGAAGGCUGCUGCUACAAUAGAUUUUGUGUUGGGCAGUAGGGCGGGCGACGCAUAUUCAGUUGGUGAUGAAGCUGCUUGCGGUGAUCACCCACAUAGGCCGGAAAACACUUUGCAACAGAAUUUUCAAGAUCACAUAGAUUUUUCUGGUCCUGAUCCAUUCAUGACGCCAAAUCUGAUGGACAACUUUCCAAUCCCGUCAAGUGAUCAAUCGCAAGGUUUCGGUUUCGAUAUGGGCAUGAAUGGGAUGCAAGCUGACAUGGGCUUGGAUGAGUGGUUGCCGAUGAGUGGGUCGGGAGCAAGUUGGUAG